CGCAAACCGGAUGUGGCGUAGAGCGAGGACGCUAAAGUUUUGAACCACUUUGAGCGGCGAAAUCACUGCUUUAUGUAACCAUGAGCAAUGACGAGGCCUCGUGGGAGAGGCUGGACAUGGAGUUUGAUCACGUCCUUCUGGACAUGAAACCAUAUGUCCUCAAACACCCAAACAAGACAGAGCGCCAGCGGUGCGCCGUAUGGGUAAAGAAGCUGUGUGACCCAGCAGCUUGUGGUUCUGGCCUCACGGGUCGGAAGAACCGAAACUUGUAUGCCCGUUUGCUCAUGCACAUGCUCAAGAGAGGAAUUCUGGAGAGGCCUUUCACCAACAAACCAGAGCCGGGAAUCCUUCAGACACUCCCUACCUACAUGUCGAUCUACUUUGAUGAGCCGUUGACCGUUCACCCUGUGGAGCAUAAUAAUAGAGAUCUGCCUGACUGGGUGGCAGGAGAGCUGGGGGGCUCCACUGAAGACAGUCUGGUCCUGGAGCUGCUCAAGGACAGGCUCAGUUCUGCACCUGCAGCAGCUCAUCGCAGGAGAAAACUGUUUGGAGAGCAGACCCCACCCCGACCCACGACAUCCAGUCCACUCAAGCAGCCGCUCAGACAAGAGGACACAACGGUGGAUGGCGGGCUGAAGGCGGAUCUGUCUCCCGAUGACAGUGACCUGGAGGCUCGUCUCAACAGCUGGAACCUGGGGAUUGAGAACCCCAGGUAUUUGCGAGAGAAUCCCAUUCCCCUGUCACCAAUUUUCAAGUCAAGCGUUGGAAGGAGGAGCACAUCGGACACUGAUCAGGGUCCACAACUCGUACAGUGCCAAGAGAGCGAAAUGAAGAUCAAGCUGCUGGAAGCCCAGCACCAAGAGGAGAAACUGAGAAUGCAGCAGAGACACGAUGCAGAUGUUGAGAAAAUUCUGGAUCGAAAAAACGGUGAGAUUGAAGAGAUGAAGAUCCAGUGGCGGGCCAAGCAUAAAGAAGCGGAGGAGACGAUCCAUAAGCUGGAGAGGAAAGUUCAAAGUGUGCUGCGGGAAUCCCAAGUCAUCCGCGAGAGCAAAGACAAGCAGAUUUCAGAGCUGAAGAAGAUGUCCAAUCAGAGCACGGACUCUUUAAAAAACGAGUGGGAGAAGAAGCUGCAUGUCGCUGUGGCAGAGCUGGAGCAGGAGAAGUUUGAACUGCAGAAGAAGCACACCAAGAACAUCCAGGAGCUGCUGGAGGACACCAACGUCCGACUGGCCAAGAUGGAGUCUGACUACAGCGCGCGGUCACAGGCGUCUGAGCAAACGCUUCGUGAGCUGGAGCUGCGGGUGAAGCAGCAGUCGGCGGAGGUGGAGAAAGGCGACGCGCUGCGUCAGAAAGUGACUCAGGAGAAGGCCCAGCUGGAGAUCCAGAUCGCGUCCAUCAGUGUUGAACUGCAGGAGGCGAACAGACGGGUCCUGAUGCUGCAGAAAGAGAAACGGCUACAAACAGAGCUGCAUGAGAAAACCAUGCAUCAGCUCCAAGUCGCCCACGAGGCCAACCUGAGCCACUUCAAUCAGGAGCACUCCCUGUCUGCCGCCAAGGCCUCUGAGGUUAUCGGUGACUUUGAGAAAACUGUGGCUCAGCUGAAACUGCAGCUUCAGGAGAGCGAACAUCAACACCAACAGCAAAUCAGAGAUCAGGAGAUGUUGUUUCAGCAGCAAAAAGAUGAACUGCAGACCAGCUGUGAGAAAAAGGUUUUAGCUCUUCACAGUGAGGCAGAGAAAGAGAGGACUGAAUCCAAGAGGAAGAUCGCUAAGCUGGAAGAUACAGUCAGGGAGAUGGGGGCCCAGCUGGACCGAGCCGUGGACAGCCAGCGACAGCAGAUCCAGCAGGCGGACGCGGCGCUGGAGCAGUUAAAGAAGCAGAUGGAGAAAGUGGAGGAGGACCUGAUGUGCUCCAAGUCCCUCCGGGAGAAACAGGCCAAAGAGUUUUCUCAACAGCUCGACGCACUCAGACGGAAAUACGAGCAGCAGAUGGCUGAGCAGCGCACGCAGCACGAGCAGGAGAGGACGCGGCUACAACAGCAGCACAGUGCGGAGAAGGACAGCCUGGUCCAGGAGCGCCAGCGGGAGGUGGACGGCCGGGAGAGGCAGGCCCGGGCCGCCCAGCGGCAGCACCAGGAGCGGAGGGAGCGUGAUGCCCAGACAAUCUCAGGUUUGGAAAGCCAGCUGUCGAGGCUGCGUGAGGAUCUCCAGCAGGCCCGGGCCCAUCACAAGCAGCAGCUGGCCGACAUGGCGGCGCUCCAGGAGGAGGAAAAGCAAAGAGCGGCCCUGGAAAAGGAAGCAUCCCUGGAACGGCUCUGCGCCGACAUGGAGAGAAUUCACAGCAACCUCGAGAGAAGCCACCAGCAGGAGAAGAAUGCUAUUCACGAGAAGACCAACAGCAGGCUGAAGCAGAUUGAGAAGGAGUACAGUCAGAAGCUUGCCAAGUCGGCGCAGCUAAUUGCGGAAUUACAAACCGCUGCAUGCGAUUCAAAGGAGGAAGUGGUUCGUCUGAAGCAAGCAAUGGAGAAGCACCUUGAGGACGCCACUGUCCGCUGGGAGGAGGAGCGGAGGACACUGACUCAGCAUGCUGAUCGGACCAACAAGGCUCUGCAGGAAAAGGUGGAAACUCUACAGAGGCAGCUGCACAGCUCCGAGAAGAAGCUGCUCAGCAAAGAGCUGGAGACCGAAGAGAGGCUGACCGGGGUGCACCAGGAGUACCAGGAGCGGAUCAAGGGUCUGAUGCCAGCUGAAGUCCGACAGGACCUCGAGGACACCAUCGCCUCACUGAAGGCUCAGGUUAACUUCCUCCAGAAGCGAGCCUCUUUGCUGCAGGAAGACCUGGAUGCCUUUCGCAGCAGGAGGUAACGGCGGGCGAGCCUCACCUUCCUCCUGCACCGCGACACAAAGGACCAAACCUCCACCCAGAUGUGAGCAUUACUGACUGUUACCAGUGCUUCACUCAUCCGCUCAUACCACCGUGGACCAGUUGUUUGUUACAUUGAUGUCCCGAAGAAUAUUUAUUCAUUGUCAGAUUUUAGUUUUCCUCUGUUCUAAAAUAACAUUUUUAUGUUCCCAACUUGUUUUCCUGAUUUUUUUUUAUAUAUUUUGACAUCGUUAAUGGUUAUUAUUCUUCCUGAUGUCUAGU